AUGGACGCUUCCAAAGAGGUCAUCACCUCCUACGAGGAGAUGGAUGUGCACGAGAAGGCCGCCUUCGACGAGGUCAUUCGUCCCGCCGAUAGCUAUACCGCCGAUGGUACUUACUGGGCGGAUCUUCCGAUCAGCCAGCGAGUCAGCUUCUGUCUGGAGCAGGACCGAACUGAGGCACGCAAGGAGAUGUCUUGGCUCUGGGAGAUGUUCAAGAACGACCCGCUUUCUCCGAUUAGCUACUACUUCAAGAACUGUGUUCUUCCAGGUGCUGGUCUGGGUCUUGAGGGUUACGUGCUGUUUUCCAUCUCAAACAACACCUCUCUCUUCGAUGUUUCCUUCAAAGAUUGCUGGAAGGGUGAAACUUGCGACAAGAACUGGAUUGCUGCGGUCAACUACAUGGAGGUCGCUGGUAUCAUGGUCGGUCAGAUUCUUGUUGGUUUCUUGGGUGACUGGAUUGGUCGUCGCUGGGGUUUGAUCCAGGAUGCCGGUAUCAUGUUCGUCGGUCUUCUUAUGCUCACCUCCGCCUGGGGUCUCACCGAGAACGGCUGGGUGAUCUGCUACGCUUGGUCUUUGUUCUUCUAUUCCAUUGGUGUCGGUGGUGAAUACCCCAUGACAGCGACCAUUGGUAUGGAGAACGGUGUUGGUUCGGGCAAGGUGACCACCUCUCAGGAUCGUCUGCACCGUGGUCGCUCCGUUGUCAGCGCCUUCCUUAUGCAGGGUUGGGGCCAGUUCGCCAACCAGGCCAUCCUGAUUCUCUUGUUGCUGAUCUUCCAUUCUGGUUCCGGCGAGCCUCCAAUCUCCGCGACCACCACUCAGUGGACGUACCGCGUUUCGUUCGCUAUUCCCGCAGUUGGCACUGCCUGGCUUAUUUACUACCGUGCCUAUCACAUGAAGGCUGCUAGCAAGCAGCUUAUCGCUCAAAAGAAGAAGGCCUCUGUUACUGGUUAUGAUAUGCAGUCAUUGCGUCUGACCUUCAAGCACUUUACCCCUCGUCUCAUUGCCACUGCUGGUGGCUGGUUUGCCAACGACGUUUUCUUCUAUGGCAACAAGCUAUUCCAGAGCAAGUUCAUCAAGGUUAUCAGCCCUAACUCCACCUCCGUCACCACUAACUGGCUCUGGAACUUGGCCAACAUCGGCGUCGAGCUUGCUGGAUACUACUGUGCUGCCUGGUUUGUCGAUACGAAGCUUUACGGCCGCAAGUGGAUGCAGAUCGUCGGUUUCAUGAUGUGCUUCAUCCUCUUCGUGGUCCCUGCCUUCAAGUUCGAUUACUACCAGGAGCCUGCCCAUAUCCACUCUUUCCAGGCGAUGUACUAUCUGAGCUCGUUCUUCAACCAGUUCGGCCCCAACUGUAUCACUUUCCUCGUUGCCGCUGAGGUCUUCCCGACCCCGAUCCGUGGCACUGCUCAUGGUAUCUCCGCUGCCGCCGGCAAGCUGGGUGCCUUGAUCAUUGCUAUCGUUGGUUCAUACACCGACACCCAGCAGCAGUUCUACAUUGUUCCUUGGUUCGGUCUGGCCGGUACUCUUCUCACUUGGCUCUUCCUUCCCGAUACCACCGGUCUUGAUCUCCGCGAGCAGGAGCGCCGUUGGAGGUUCAUUCGCGAGGGCCGCGAGCAAGACUACCACGGCCCUGCCGUUCACCAGAAGCAUCUCUCUGUCUGGGAGCGUUGGACUGGAAAGGGCAAAUACUACGAUGCCAAGCUUGACUACCAGAUGAAGGUCGAGGAGUUCCGCGCUGAGUGGGAGUCUGCUGUUGCCACUCGUGGCGAGGAGAAGGAUGCUAUGUUCGAUGCUGACGAUAUUGAUGAGAACAUCCUCCACGGGUCCAUGCACAACUACUUCGAGCGGACCAGCCCUGAGAUCCGUGGCAUGAAGAAGGAUAUCCAGGAGCCUGUUGCCCUGCCUUCUGCCGCUGGUAUGGACCAGCAGGUUUUGGACCAGGAAAAGUAA